AUGUUCGAUGUGUGGAGUGCCGUGGGAUGGUGGGACAGGUGGCAGCUGCGCAUCCUCGUCCUCGGCAGCCUGGGCAUUCAAUGGUUUCUAAUGGUGGCUGCCCCCAUGCGCAAGUACACCGUCCGGCGCUCCUUCAGGCUAUGCAUAUGGCUUGCAUACAUUAGCAGCGAUGCUGUGGCCAUCUAUGCGCUGGCCACCCUCUUCAACCGUCACGCCAGGGCGACCAGCAGCAGCAGCAGCAGCUGCGAUGGCAUUGCACACAACAAGGCCAAGAUCCUGGAGGUCCUAUGGGCUCCUGUCCUGCUCAUCCACCUCGGCGGGCAGGAGGAGCUGACUGCGUACACCAUCGAAGACAACGAGCUGUGGACAAGGCACACCGUGACCCUAGUGUCCCAGGUCGCGGUUGCCAUGUACGCCUUCUACAAGUCGUGGCCUAACCCCGGCGACUGGAAGCUAUUGGCAUCAGCGGUCCUGCUCUUCAUCAUUGGGGUCGUCAGUUUCAGUGAGAAGCCAUGGGCCCUCAAGAAAGCCAGCAUUAAUAGACUGGCGUCGGUGUCGGCGACGAUACAAGGAACACAGAAGCGCACAAGAUUGGCGGUGUACUUGGACGAUCUCUUGUUCUCCGAUUGGUACAACUGCUCCACCACCAAGUCCGGCGACAAGAGUAGCCUGCUUGCAGGUGUGGGUUGGCACAACUGCUUCUCCUUCACCGAGUCGGCGACCAAGAAGCAGCCGGCGGAGCUGGCGGCGGGUGAGGAGGACAAUGUGGGCUUGUCGGACGGUGAUAAAGUCUAUAUGGUGCUCUCGGACAUGUCGCUCUCAGCUGCUGCCGAUGACCUUGUGCAACGAGGCAGAGCUCGAAAUGUGCGAGACGUUCUUCGGCCUCUGAGCACCAAGGCGGAGAAGGAACUCAAACGCUGGCUGCGUGGUGCGUUUGGGCUCAUAUAUACCAGAGCUAAUUUGGUAUUCACUCGCAAGUACCUGGUUUACCAUGUGCUGGUGGUGCCCAUCCUGCACAUCGCCGCCCUCACGCUGUUUGCGAGGAGCGGCAAGGACGGGUACAACCGCACGGACGUGAAGAUCACAUACAUCCUCCUGUGCCUCACCGCCGCGCUGGAUGUUUUUGCGGUCUUCAUCCGCCAGCUACUGUACCGGGCGAUGUCUGCAAAGAGUGUCCCGGCGUUGUGCGAGACGGUACCAGGCUACAACCUCGUGGACGCGGUUCUCCGGCGGAGGCACAAGGACAUUGGGCGGCUGGUCAAGUGCGCCACCGGCAUGGGCUGCAAGGAAGAGUACUUCGACUACUGCAAGUGCGAAGGCGGCGGCCAAGACUACACAUUGUACAAGAAUGUGUCGGAGAUGGUCCUUGCGGAUCUGGUGGAUGCACAGGGCCGCGACCUCGCCAAUUACAGGGUCUUCACGGUGCCAGACGAAUCAGGCGCCGCUGAGCUGCCGGUGGAGGAUGCUGGGGCAGGUGCCGAGAUAAUGCAACAGAGGCAGAGCAGCCCGACGGGAGCGGCCAACUGGGCUCUAAGUGAGGAGCUGCAGAAGGUGUGCGGCCCCAAGGUACGGGGCGCCCUCCGCGGGUCGUUCGACAGGAGCGUCCUCGUCUGGCACAUCGCCACCGACCUCUGCUACCGCAUGGAAGGUACUCCUCCUGCCGACGGCGAGGAAGACUCGCACUGGCUUCGCAUCAAGUGCACGGAAGCAAUAUCCAGCUACAUGGCUCGGCUGCUGAAUUUCCACCCGGACAUGCUGCUCACCGGCAGCAGGCAGCACCUGGUCAGUGAAGCCAAGGAUGAAUUCGAGUUCUUCUUGGACCGCGCCAUGGUAGGUAACAGCGGCGAGCCGCUCAGCAAAGACGACCUGACCAAUAUCAUCGACCACGGGCCGGAAGGGGAACGCUUCCACAUGCAGGUGCCCAUCGGCAUCGAUAAUGAAGCUGAGGACAAGGAGGCAAUAAAAUCUUUGUUCCACGUCCCCAAGGCAUGCAGUCUCGCAAAGGAGCUGAUGAAACUUGAACCGCCGUCCACGCGCUGGAGGGUGAUGUACCGGGUGUGGCUGGGCAUGCUCUUCUACUCCGCCAGCAUGUGCAGGGGCUACCUGCACGCUAAGAGCUUGGGUGAAGGUGGCGAGUUCCUCUCCUACGUCUGGCUCGUCCUCUCGCUCAAGGGUGCCAGGACCCUGGCCGACAAGCUUCAGAUGCUGCAGGGAGACGACGAGGAACCACAGAUUCCGGAGGGAUCGGCGCCGAGGAACCAACACCCUGAUCGACGCCCACAACUACCUGGUUUGGAAAUCCCCCGUCCAGAUGCUUGA